AUGGCGUCUUCCCAGGAAUCCAAGCCCCUCACAUUGACCGUCCUCGGUUCGGGCACUAUGGGCAUUGCCAUCAUGGGCGGUGUCAUGUCUUCUCUCGCCAAAGCCAAGACCGCCGCAGCCCUCGACCCCUCUUCCGCCCCCAAAGACACGCCGAACGUCUCCAGAUUCAUUGCAUGCGACACAUGGAAGCCCGCAGGGGGGAAGGUCAUGGAGGCCCUUGGCCACUACAACUUUGACCUGCAAACGCUCGCCAACGAGAACCUCAAGGGUGUCCAGCAAGCAGACAUCAUUCUCCUGUCCUGCAAGCCAUACAGCUACAAGGAAAUCCUGGGAGAGGAGGGCAUGCGCGAUGCGCUGAAGGGCAAGGUCAUCGUCAGCAUCCUAGCCGGUGUCACACAAAAGCAGAUCCAGGAAUUCCUCUACCCAGAAGGCGCAGAGAAAGUAGAGGACGCAUGCAGAGUGGUGCGCGUCAUGCCCAACACCGCAUCUUUCGUCGGCGAGUCCAUGAGCGUCAUCGAGACAAGCGAUCCCCCGCUCUCAGACGCGCAGUACAAGCUCGUCGAGUUCGUCUUCAGCUCCAUUGGCCGCGUUACAACUCUCCCGCCUGCAAACAUGGACAUCGCAACUGCGCUCUGCGGUUCAGGGCCCGCCUUCUUCGCGCUAAUCCUCGAGGCUGCUGCGGACGGUGCGGUGGCCAUGGGGCUGCCCCGCGCAGAAGCACAACUGAUGGCUGCGCAGACCAUGCGAGGCACCACAGGUCUGGUACUGAACGGUGAGCACCCUGCGGUACUGAAGGACAAGGUCUCGACACCAGGCGGUUGCACAAUCGGUGGACUCAUGUCGCUGGAGAACGACGGUGUCCGGGGUGCGGUUGCCACAGCAAUCAGGGAGGCCUGUGUUGUUGCGUCGAGGUUGGGCGGCGAGCAGCGGGAGUUUGUGAACCACAGGCGCUGA